AUGAAAAGGAGAGCUGAGGCAGCAUCAGCACCACUGCUGGGAAGUAGGCGGCGCCGUGAUGAUGCCAGCUCAGAUGAGGAGUCGCCAGUUCUGUCCGGCAGUCAGGACUCCAGCCAAAGCGACUCACACAGCGACCAGGAGGAUCACAGACCAGGAUUCUCCAUGCCCAGCUUAUCCCAUAAUGCCGCAGCCAUGGAUGCCCCCACACAGAGCUCCUCCAAGUUCUCCAUGUACAACAGCGUGUCACAGAAACUCAUGGCCAAGAUGGGUUUCCGUGAGGGCGAAGGUCUGGGGAAGUUUGGUCAAGGGCGCAAAGAGAUCGUGGAGGCGUCUACACAGCGAGGGAGACGGGGUCUGGGCCUCACGCUGCAGGGCUUCCAGGGCGAGCUCAAUGUCGACUGGCAAGAUGCACCUGAGCCCAGCGCUAUAGAGAAAGUUGAGUGGUUUCCAGAAUGCUCCACAGAGAUCCCAGAUGCAGAUGAACUGAAGGACUGGAUGACACUGGGACCGAGGAAGUUAAAGAUCGAAGAUGAGACGGAGUUUUGCACAGAAGAUCUUCUGCACACCCUUCUUAGGUGCAAGACGGUGUUCGAUGACCUGGAGGGCGAGGAGAUGAGGAGAGCACGGACACGCUCCAACCCUUAUGAGACUAUUAGAGGAGGUUUCUUCCUCAACAGAGCAGCUAUGAAAAUGGCCAACAUGGACCACUGCUUUGACUACAUGUUCACCAACCCAAAGGAUUCACAAGGGAAACUUCUGACAAAGGAGCGAGAGGCCGAGCUUCUGUACUUUGGUGACGUCUGUGCAGGGCCUGGCGGCUUCUCAGAGUACGUGCUGUGGAAGAGACGGUGGCAUGCCAAAGGCUUCGGCAUGACACUGAAAGGACCCUGCGACUUCAAACUGGAAGACUUCUUCGCAGCUCCCAGUGAACUCUUUGAGCCUUACUAUGGCGAAGGAGGGGUGGAUGGGGAUGGUGACAUCACUCGUCCGGAAAACGUGAGCGCCUUCCGAAACUUUGUCCUGGAGAGUACGGAAAGGAGAGGGCUGCACUUCCUCAUGGCAGAUGGGGGUUUCUCUGUGGAGGGCCAGGAGAACAUCCAGGAGAUCCUGAGCAAACAGCUGCUGCUCUGUCAGUUCCUGACUGCCCUGUCUACACUCAGGACUGGUGGCCACUUUCUGUGCAAGACCUUUGACCUGUUCACCCCCUUCAGUGUCGGCCUGGUCUACCUGCUCUUCCUGUGCUUUGACAGAGUUUCCCUGUUCAAACCGGUCACCAGCCGGCCUGCCAACUCUGAAAGGUACAUUGUGUGCCGUGGUUUGAAGCCUGGCUCAGACGCUGUGAGAGAGUACAUGUUCAAGGUCAACCAGAAGCUCAACCAGCUGAAGAACUCAGACACUGAUGUCACUGACGUGGUGCCCCUGAGCCUGAUAAAGGAAGACACCGAUUUCUACCAGUACAUGGUCAACUCCAACGAGAGCCAUUGUGCAGUCCAGAUCAAGGCGCUGGCCAAGAUCCAUGCCUACGUCUUAGACCCCGCCCUUUCAGAGCCCAAGCAAGCUGACAUCAGGAAGGAAUGCCUGAAACUGUGGGGGAUCCCUGACAAGGCCAGAGUCACUCCUGCCUCCUCAGAUCCAAAGUCAAAAUUCUACGAAUUGAUUAAGAGUUCAGAUGUGGAGUCGUUCCAGUGUAAGCUCACACCCCUCAACUCCAACACACUAGAUAAGGUACAUCAAGUCCUGGACUACCGCUGCAUUGUGGGAGGUGGUGAGCAGAUCUUCCUGCUAGCACUCGGGAAGUCUCAGAUAUACACAUGGGAUGGCAAGAUGCCUGUGCGCUGGAGGAAACUGGAGAAUUUUAAGCUGGAGCUUCCCAGAGAGACGGUUCUCAGUGUAGAGAUCGUCCAGGAGCUCAAGGGCGAGGGUAAAGCCCAGAGAAGAAUCAAUGCAGUACACGUACUUGAUGCACUAAUACUCAACGGCACUGAUGUUAGAGAUCAGCACUUCAACCAACGGAUUCAGAUGGCUGAGAAGUUUGUGAAAGCCGUGUCCAAGCCCAGCCGACCAGACAUGAACCCGAUUAGAGUAAAGGAAGUUUACAGGCUGGAGGAGAUGGAGAAGAUCUUUGUCAGGUUAGAGAUGAAGGUGACAAAAAGUUCUGGAGGAGUCCCUCGUCUGUCCUACACCGGCAGAGAUGACCGCCACUUCCUUCCCACAGGCCUCUACAUCAUCAAGACUGUCAAUGAGCCGUGGACGAUGGCGUACAGCAAGAACUCCAAGAAGAAGUUCUUCUUUAAUAAGAUAACCAAGGAGUCCACUUACAACCUGCCACCCAACUCUGUUGCGCCCUUCCACGUCUGCCACUCGGAGCGGCUCUUCUGGGCGUGGGUGGAAGGGGUCAUAGUUCACGAUUCCCAGACACGGAUGGACCCUGAGAAACUGUCCAAGGAUGACGUGCUGUCCUUCAUCCACCAGAAUUACCAGCCCUGAGAGAUCCUCCCAGUCCAAGGGAGGGCUGUAUUUGAUCCUCCCAGUCCCAGGGCUCUGCCAGCUAGUACUUAAGACACACAGUGAUGUUUUAUAUUGGUUCAGAGUAAUGGUCAAAAUCUGCUUGUAGUUGGAGUUAUGGAGUCAAAGUGGGGGAAUGGUUACUGAGCUUUCUGGCUGUGAGUCCUUGCUCGCUAUGGACACUUGACAGACCUCUCUCUCUCUCUGCCUUUUCCACUGCUCCCAGCUCUGUCACUUAGAACGAACUGAAGUCGGCACAUAAGACAGUGGAUGGAGGAUGUUGGUUGAGAAUGUAAACGGACUGGGACACGUUGGGCUGCAUGGUCCUGUAGACUAAUUUUAUAGUUCCCCACCAAAGCCAUGCCUCUCUGUGUGUGUGUGUGUGUGUGUGUGUGUGUGUGUGUGUGUGUGUGUGUGUGUGUGUGCGUGCGUGGGUAUCCAUGUUUGUGUGCGUGCAUAGUGAUUUAGAGAGAUGCAUCUGCAAGUUGAUAGUGCUGGAUACGGUUUCAAACCAAGGUUACACAAUGCAUCCAACUCUCCAAACAAACACGCUCUGGCUUGCCUUGCUUGGGACCGUUUAAAUCAUGUUCGCUCAUCUUGCUCACUCCUUAGAGACAUGGAUUUGCUGUCCUGCCUCUCACACUAAACGGUGACAUGUUUCCUCUCUCGCAGCCCUUCAGCUGGUAUCCAAAUACAAGAACUACAUGUUAACUAUAUGGUAGCUCUCGCAUAUUAUCAGUUCCUCACCUGGAGUGCACAUAUGCAUAUCAGUUUCAGAUGUAGCACGUCUCCUAUGAUUCUUUACUGAUCUGUGCUGGAGUGAGCGUGUGAAUUCAAAGUCUUGGUAAGUUUUCUGUCAGGUUUUGGGUUUGUUGCUCCAUCUUCCGCACACCUCUUUGUGCUUCCUGUUGGACUGUCAUCCCUUUUUCUCCAUCAUUUGUUAAAUACUGCAGAUUAUGAUUUAUUUUUUUCUUGUAAAGCCAUCAAAUUCUUUGUUGCAGUUAAUGACUGUGUGAAAUAAAAGUGACUCGCUCUUCUCA